UUUAAAUCCACCGUAAUAAAAGUUUUGGGCCGUGAUACUUUUUUAUGCCCCAUUCUACAAAUAAUAUUCGAAUUAAAAAAAAUGAAAAAGAUAUAUUUGUUUGUAUAAUAAAAUCCAAUGAAGCCUAACCUUAUCAACCCUCUUUUCUCGUUCGCCCAAGACUGAACCUUUUUAUUCUGCGCCUCUAUUCUUCAUUAUCUUUCGCUUUUCUCUUUCUUCCCUCUUUAUUUGUUUAUCUCUUAUUAUUCACUUUUUUCUUCCUUUUCUUGUUGUCUUCCCAGUGGAGGAGCUCUGCAUAGAAUCUUGUACAUAUGUUUCAGUAUGAAUGAAGGAGGUGUUGCCAAAUUUUGUUAGAAUCGAUAAAAGGCAAAAUUAUGAUAGCUCUUGCUGUACCCACAAAGUCCCUUUCCGUUUCAAACUCGGCACAAACAAGCAAUCGCUACAUUCCGGAGAAGCAACAAUUCAGGUGUCUCUUUGAGAAAAAAUUCGCAGAAAAACGGCGGCUUCUUUUAGGAUGUUCUGCUGCUUCAGCACUUACCUUCUUAAACUCUAACAGUGAGUUACUGUUAUUACCUGCAUUGGCCGAGGAAGAUGAGACCAGUUUUGUCGGGGCCUUGAAGUCCUUAUUCGAGCCAAACGAGAAAACAAAAUCGGGUAAGGUUCUGCCAAAGUCUUACUUGAAAUCCGCAAGGGAAGUUGUGAAAACUCUUCGUGAGUCGCUUAAGGAAAGUACGGUGGAUAUGUCUAAGUUUAGACGGACAGCUGAUGCCGCAAAAGAAUCAAUUAGGGAAUAUCUGAAUCGGUGGAGGGGCCAGAAGAAGGUCGUGAAUGAGGAAUCGUAUGUCGUGCUCGAAAAAGCUAUAAGAUCUCUUGCUGGGUUUUACUCGAAAGCAGGUCCAUCUGCAACCCUUCCGGAGGAGGUCAAAACUGAGAUAUUGAGGGACCUUGCCACAGCAGAAAAAUCUCUGUGAAACCGAGAUUAUGUAUAUUGAUUUAGGUCAAUUUGGUGAAAAAGAAAAAAGUUUAUUGGAAGUAGCAAAAACUAUUUAGUUUCUUAAUCAAUAUCACCGUGAAGUGUUUUAUUUAUCUCUUGAUUUAUUUAUUUCAUAUUUGAGAAAAUUACCCCAUGUAUUAACUAAAAUAUAAAAUAUUACAUAUAUACCAACAUAAUUUUUUAUUUGCG